AUGGAACUAGUUUUUGUCAGCACUUCUGCACCUGAAGCAGAAGAAGGGGGAAGUUCUGCUACCAAGAAGAAGAAUAAAAAGAAGAAGAAGGCAUCAGGGGAAGGUGGCUCUGAGGAAGGGGAAAACAAAGCUGGGUUGGUAAAUGGAACAGCUGACUUGGCAGAUAAGAUGAAGAAAACAGAAAAGUUGGUUUUUGUGGAUAUUGGAACCGGGAUCUUGAUGAGCAUAAUCCAUAACUUUAUUCAGUAUUACCUGUUUGGCCUCUAUUACAAAAAACAAAAAGAAGAAGAAGAAGAACCAGGGACAGGAGGUGAAACAGAAGAGAUUGAGGAGCCCAAAGAGGAAGAAGAGGAGGAAGCAUCUGCAAAAAAUAAGAAGAAUAAAAACAAGAAGAAGAAGAAGGCACCAGGGCAAGAAGUGGAGAUGGAAGAAGAGGAGCCAGUAGCCAAAGAAGAGGGCCCUAAAGUACAAACUGACCCUCCAACUGUUCCUAUUGUGGAUCUUUAUCCAGAUGGCAACCUCCCCAUUGGUGAGAUCUGUGAAUACAAGAUCAACAAAGAUGACCGCAGUGCCAUUAACCGCAUGAACUCGGAUGAGAAGAAGGCUCUUGAGACCUCCUUCGAAGAGAUGUACCGUGAAAUCCGUAUUGGCGCUGAAGUCCAUCGCACGGUGAGUAACUCCUGCUCUUUGAAAAUCUAA